CGUCGUUCCUGUUCAGAUUGUCCGUACCAGCCAACGUACAAAGUGGGCAGGCGAGAGCGGCGUUGCUUCAAACUUUGGUGUGGGUCGCUCUUUCUGGUCGAGUCCUGACUACAUCAUCGCCGUGACUACCAGCGUCUUGCUCUUGCUCUUGUUCCUCUUCCUCUUCCUCCCCUCCCUCACCUCCCAGUAGCAGCUACAAACCUCGCUCCUCGACCUCUUCGUGUUGCUUUGCCUGCGUCCUGUCGUACAUCCUGAGCAGAUCUAUACCGGAGUACACCUCGACAAUCGUCCUCGUUGCUCGCCUUAUCGUCAAUCAACAUCGUCAUCGUCUUCAUCCUCAUCCUCGUCCUCGCCCACACUAGAACCACAACCACCACCACCUUCUCCACUGACACUGCCUUCGCGCCACCGCUCUGUGCUUCUUAUUAAUCGCCACGUCACGCGUGGUCCCUAGCUCCCGCCCUUUGUAACUGAACAAACCGGACAUUUUGCAUUGAUCGCCACCCUGCAACGAAUCUGUCCUAACUUUAUUUUUUAUUUGCUUCCAAGAACAUUGCCCCGGACAAAGAAUCCUGCGACCGCCCAUACUUCAAGAAAAGAGAUCCAUUCCCCAACAAAAUAACUGCGUCACUGCUCUCUUGACGAAGAAAAGAAGCGAAGCCAGCAGAUGAGCUCGCAGAAAUCGGGAACCACCAAUGUGCAAACCGCCAGCAACAAUACUCGCAGCCCGGAUGGCUCCAAGCUUCGCCGCAAGUCGACCUUGAAUCUUGAUCCUCUGUCCGCCGCCCACAUUUACUACGGCGAGUCUCACACAAAGAAAGACAGAGUUCGCACUUACUCUUCCGUCAUAUCAUCGGCCGACCUUGGAUCAGAAUGGCUUGGCACCGACUACAAACAGCCCGCCCGCCGCGGCUCUCACGAUGAGCGAGGCUCGCAGCCGCGCAAAUUCAUGAUCCCUGUCGAGGAAACACUACAAAGGCUGCUGGCGAGGGAAGACACGGACCAGAAUAUGCAGAUUACCAUUGAGGACAUGGGCCCAAAAGUUCUGUCGAUUGGUACGGCUGCGUCGGGCGGCUACAACCGCUUCGACCUGCGGGGCACAUACAGGCUUAGUAACUUGCUUCAGGAACUCACUCUUGCCAAAGAGCAUGGCCGCAAGACCAUCUUACUCGAUGAGGAGCGCUUGAUAGAGAAUCCUGUCAGUCGCCUGAGACGGCUUGUGCAAUUCGAGUUCUGGCCUGGCCUAACACGAGUUAUCGACGGACGCAACAUCGGCCAGGUAGCUCGGGAUCCUAAAGAUUGGACUUCCGAUCCCAGACCGAGGAUUUAUAUACCUCGCGGUGCCCCUGAGCAGUACGAGUACUAUUCCAAGAUUGCCAAGCAACAACCCGGCCUAAGGCUUGACGUGCAGUGGUUGGCUGAGGUUCCCGACGAUGAGGAGUAUGUUCGUGACUUGAAUGACGCCCCGGGCUUGCUUGCUGUUGCGAUGGAGGAGAAGGUGGAUGAGAACGGAGAAAAGACUCUAGAAGGCCUGCCUUUUGUCGUACCCGGCGGCCGCUUCAAUGAGCUGUACGGUUGGGACAGCUACAUGGAGACGCUCGGGCUGCUUAUUGACGACCGUGUUGACCUGGUCAAAUCCAUGGUGCAACAUUUCUGCUUCUGCAUUCGUCACUAUGGAAAGAUUCUCAACGCCAAUCGGACGUACUAUCUCUGCCGAUCUCAACCACCAUUUUUGACGGAUAUGGCACUGCGGUGUUACGAACGUAUCAAGCACGAGCCCGGUUCACUUGACUUUUUCCGGGAGGCCAUCUAUGCUGCCAUCAAAGAAUACUACAGCGUUUGGAUGAGCCCUCCUCGCUAUGACCCUACCACCGGUCUCUCCAGGUACCGUCCGGGCGGCGUUGGCGUCCCUCCUGAAACGGAGGCAUCCCACUUUACCCAUAUCCUAACCCCUUACGCCAGGAAGCACAAUAUGACUUUCAAGGAGUUUGUCGAUGCCUAUAAUCAUCGUCGCGUACUGGAACCUGAUUUGGACGAGUACUUCAUGCAUGACCGUGCCGUCCGUGAGUCGGGUCACGAUACGUCAUACCGCCUCGAAGGUGUUGCUGCCAAUCUCGCAACUGUUGAUCUGAAUUCGCUUCUGUACAAAUACGAGUGUGACAUUGCACGUGCCAUCCGCACCAUGUUUAAUGACAAGCUCCCUAUUCCGGACCACUGGCUUUCGAAGAACCAGAGACCCGGGCACGUGGAGCGCUCGGCUGAGUGGGAGCGACGGGCUCGAAAACGCCGUAUUUUGAUGGAUAAAUACCUAUGGAAUGAAGAGAAGGGCAUGUACUUUGACUACGACACCGUUAAAAGGGAGCAGACGACGUACGAGUGUGCGACUACGUUCUGGCCAAUGUGGUCUGGGGCCGCAACACCCCGGCAGGCAGCAGUCAUUGUAGCUGAAGCGUUGCCUAAACUCGAAGCAUUUGGUGGCCUGCUCUCAGGAACGGAAGAAAGCAGAGGUCGCGUAGGCCUCGACCGUCCAAACCGUCAAUGGGAUUAUCCGUACGGCUGGGCCCCUCAGCAGAUGCUCGCGUGGAUUGGUCUUCAGCGCUACGGCUUUGAAGAAGAAUGCCAACGCUUGUGCUAUAAGUGGCUUUUUAUGGUGACGAAGGCCUUCGUUGACUACAACGGGGUGGUGGUAGAAAAGUACGACGUUACGCGCAAGUCAGACCCCCACAAAGUAGAGGCGGAGUAUGGGAAUCAGGGUGCAGAUUUCAAGGGUGUAGCUAAAGAGGGCUUCGGCUGGGUUAACGCAAGUUACGUUCUAGCCCUGACGAUGGUAAACGCACAUCAGCGGCGUGCCUUGGGUGCACUCACUGACUGGGAUACUUACAUGAAGGCUACCAAAGAUCUGGGUUUGGAGGACCUAUAAGGACCAAUUUCCAUUCGAUCCUACUUUCGAUGAUCAUAGCUGUGGGCUAUCAAAACGGACGAGAAUUCAUGGUGAAUGGCGUUUUUAUUUUUUUUUUUUUCCUUUCUGGCAGGACUGAUUUGGAGUUCGAACAGCAGAAUGACACGGGUAUGAUGUUUGGGCUAGGAAUGAACUCUACGAUAUGUUUCAGAGACAGCCUGACGAGGUUCUUUUAUUGCUUAAAGUCACGUACUUGAUUGAAGAGUUAAGCAUACAUGAAAAUGUGCAUCGACGCGCCUUGGUUUCGGCGAUGAUGAAUAGGGAUGAUACCUGUAGAGGAAAGAGAAGCAUCAAAAAGCCUCUAGAAAUUACCUCCACUUCUUCGAACAUGAGGGGGCCCUAGACCGAAAGAGUAUUGACAACUCGAGUUUAUUGUUUCCUUGUCAAGAUUCUAAAAGUUUGAUUUAUCGUGCCGCCUCACCCAGAUUGAGCUUGGAAGUCCCUACUAAAAAC